AAGACGGAAAGAUCUUUUGUGCGACAAAACUGUGGGUUUUGAAAAGGCUAUUCAUUUGAGGGGUCAAUUGUACAAAUUGGUUGAACGAAUCAAAAGUUAUUAUCAAAUUUGCUAUUUCUGCUUAAAAUAACAUUUAAGGUGCGUCGGAUGCCAAAUCCCCGGUUUUUAACAAUUCUACAUUUUACCAGAGUGCAGAGCUAAACUUUACAAAUAAAAAGUGAAUCCAAAGUACUUUAACAAGUACAAUUCAUCUAUAACAAUAGAAUGAGCAAACGACGCAGGAUGAGCUCUUUACAGGAUGAGGAGCUGAGUGAAGAGGAUGUUUCGCCAGAACAGAGCCCCUUACCUGCCACGACAAGAAAAAGAAAAAGACUUGAUCCGAUGGAGCAAUGCCAGCAAUUAUACGAAUCGAUACGGAAUUUUAAAAAAGAAGACGGCACCACGCUAUGCGAUACAUUCAUUCGAGCUCCAAAACGACGACAAGAACCUUCGUACUACGAAGUCGUAGCUAACCCCAUAGAUCUGCUCAGAGUGCAGCAAAAAUUGAAAACCGACUCAUAUGAUGAUGUAGAAGAUCUUGCUGCUGAUAUUGAACUCAUCGUAAACAAUGCCAAAGCAUUUUACAAACCGGAUUCCACCGAAUAUCAGGAUGCGUGCCAGUUGCUGGCCAUGUUCAACACAAACAAGAAACGUAUCGUAGAGAAUCAACAAGAUGAAACAUAUGUGGAAAUAAAACCACGAAAGAUAACUCGUCCACGAAAGUCCAUCACCGUCGAAGAGGAUGAGACUGAUGAAGGAUCGGAUUUGGAUCCUUACGAGGAGCUUUUCGCCGCCGUCAUGACUGCUACAGACCCGUUGGAUAAUCAUGAGCUAUACCCUAUGUUCCAGCUACUACCGUCAAAAAAAUUAUACCCAGGGUAUUACGAUAUAAUUGAUCAUCCGAUUGAUCUGAAAUUCAUUGCUACGAAAAUUCAAACCAGUGCCUAUUCAAGCCUCAAUGAAAUGGAAAAGGAUUUAUUGCAAAUGAUUAAAAAUGCCUGUACUUUCAACGAACCGGGAUCGCAAAUCUAUAAAGAUGCGAAAAUGUUGAAAAAAACGUUCAUUGCACGGAAGGCUGACAUUGAAUCGGGAAGGUAUCGUAAACCUACUAUGAAACGUCCACGUACCGCUUCCAGUGCGGCAGUAGCGGCUCUGAAGGAAGAAAUAGAAAGUUCGGACGACGAUUUGGACGAUUCGAUGGAAACCGAUGGUGACGGACCGCUUUGGCAACUAUUUGAUCAAUUAUAUAACACGGCUAAUACUAACGAUCCCAAUGCUGUAGGUGCACCACUGGGCGAAUCAUUUUGGAAGCUACCAAACAGACGCUUCCAUCCGGAAUACUAUACGUUGAUUAAAAAGCCAAUAUCGAUGGCACAAGUUCGUAACAAACUGAAGAAGGGUAUGUACGCGCACAUAACGGACUUGACUGCAGAUUUGUAUUUGAUGCUUGAUAAUGCCAAGAAAGCAAAUCCAUCGAACAGCAAAAUUCAUAAGGACGCAAUGAAAAUGCAGAAAAUUCUCAACCAAAAGCUAGUCGACUCUGGUGCCGAUUUGGAAGAGAGUGACGAAGAAGACGAAGGAAAUGACAGCGAUUCAUCUACGCCCACCGCUUCUCGUAAACGGGGUCGUGUAGCCCGCGAUGGUGGGCUAACCAGCGCAUCGCUUGCCAAAUCGAAUCGUGCAAUCGCAAUGUCUUCUUUGAAGAAGAAGCUACUUUCUUUACAUGAAUAUCUCGUCGACUACACACACGACGAUCGUCAGCCGAUGGGUUUGUUCAUGGAAAAGCCAUCGAAGAAGUUGUAUCCCGAUUAUUAUCAAGUGAUUCAACAUCCAAUCGAUAUGACGACAAUAGAAAACAACAUCAAGGCGGAUCGUUAUGGUACGAUUGAUGAUAUUGUAGGCGAUUAUCGCCUCAUGUUUUCCAAUUGUCGAAAGUACAACGAAGAAGGAUCUAUGAUAUAUGAAGAUGCGAAUAUACUCGAAAAGGCAUUGAAUGAAAAGCUGAAGGAGUUUUCGGGAAUCAACAAAAAACUCAAUCUGACGGCAAAAAUCGUGAAACCGAUACGAAAGAGUACUUCAACUCCGUUGGAAGCAAAACUAAAGCAAAUGUACGAUACAAUUCGUGAAUACAGGGAACCGAAACAAAAUCGCCAACUGUCGUUCAUUUUCAUGAAGUUGCCAUCUAAAAACGAAUAUCCGGAUUACUAUGAUAUUAUUAAAACCCCGAUUGAUAUUGAAAAAAUCGAGAAAAAACUCAGACAACAGGUUUAUGAAAGUGUAGAAGAUAUGGCGACGGAUUUCAUGCUCAUGUUCGAAAACGCCUGCAAGUACAACGAACCGGAUUCUCAAAUAUACAAAGAUUCUCUGUGUUUGCAACAACUGCUGAUCCAAACGAAGCAAUCCUUGCGCAACGAGGAAACAGUUCCAAAUGUGCAGCAGGCCGUGCAAGAACUAUUACUGUCCUUAUUUACUACAUUUUAUAAUUACCAGGAUGAAGAGGGAAGAUGUUAUUCCGAUUCGUUGGCGGAACUAUCGGAAUAUGACGAAUGUGAUGGCAGCAGGGUUAGAGCGAUCUCCUUGGAUCUGAUUAAACGUCGACUAGACAAAGGGCUGUAUAAACGAUUGGACACUUUUCAGGAAGAUAUUUUCAGUUGUCUUGAACGAGCUCGUCGGCUCAGUAGGACCGAUUCGCAAGUAUUUGAAGACUCUAUUGAACUUCAGUCAUUUUUCAUUAAAAAGCGCGAUGACCUGUGCCAGAACGGCCAAGUGCUAGAAUCACCUGCACUCAGUUACAAUGCGAUGCAUCUUAGCGCGGCGGUAGAGUCUUUGCGUCAGACCAAACUUUUACAGGAAGAAGAAGCAGAUACUGAUAGCGAUGCGGUGCAACCCUCCCAAGGUGAGAGUAUGACGAUUGACCAAAAGGUGUUUUCUCCGGGAGAUUUUGUAUACAUCGACUUACCGGAAAACAAAAUUCCUGGAGUUAUGUUCAUCGAACGGCUUUGGGCGACUGCUGAUAACAUUAAAAUGAUGAACGGUAUCAUGCUUUUGAGGCCUUACGAAACGUUUCACGUUCAAAGCCGAAAAUUUAUGGAACAAGAACUCUUCAAAAGUGACCAACGAGUUGAGGUUCCUUUAUCCAAGGCACUGAACAAAUGUUUUGUAAUGCACGUGCGUGACUACGUUAAGAUGAAACCGGAAGGUUUUGCGAACAAGGAUGUAUUCGUGUGCGAAUCACGAUACAGUUCCAAGGCGAGAUCCUUUAAAAAAUUGAAGACGUGGAAUCUAACCCGAGCCAAUGAUCCGGUGAAACUGAUACUAAGAGAAACACCUCUUGAGGUAAAGCGUGUUAUGUCCGUGUUCAAGGAGCGUGUUGAGAAGCACAAGGAGGAACUAUCUGAGCUUCAACUGCAAGAAGCCAUCCCGGAAAAAGAAAAACCAAAUGUUGUCAUUUACAUGAAUGGAGCUGAAGAUGGCAACAUUUACUACGAGCAAUACAAUACAGUUUGUGGAGGUCUGGUUAAAACCGGUGAUUACGUGUACGUUGCAACGGAGUCGGGAAAGCAAUCUAUUUCUCAAAUAACAUCGAUUUGGGAAACCCGAGAUGGAAAAUCAUUGUUCCGCGGGCCAUGGCUUCUUACACCACCGGAAGUUCCCGGGGCGACGCAUCGUUUGUUUUACCGCCAAGAAGUUUUGCUAUCUACAGUUCAAGAAACGACUUCCACAGUGGCGAUUGUUGGUCGUUGCGCAGUUCUCGAUCUGAAUGAAUACAUCAGUAGACGUCCAACGGAAAUCGCUGAGGCGGAUGUCUACAUGUGUGAUUCCAUUUUUGAUGAGUAUAAAAAACUGAUCAGGAAAAUUGUGGCUCCUUCUGGGCUACGCAAAUUCACCCAUAGUCAGAUGGUAACUACUGAUGAAGUUUAUCAUUUUAGACGCCCAAUCAAUCCACCAAAGGUUACCUGUGGUGAGAUUAUGACCGUUCCUGAUAACAACAAACAAAUCACCUCAUGUGAUCUUAUGGACAUGAAGGACGAGUUUGGCAUUAUCGAUGACUCAGUCGAUGGUCCUCCCUCGAUUGGUUCGGACACUGCUCCAACGGCGUCGCCACUUCCCUCGCACACGGUCAAUAUCAGCACCCCAUCGAUGACCACCAAAAAGGCCUCCAAACCAGGCAAAAAGCUUGUGACCGGUUACAUACUAUACUCUAGUGAACACCGGAGAACUACCUGUGCCAGUAAUCCGGAUGCAACCUUUGGCGAGGUGUCGCGUAUCGUCGGAAAUGAGUGGCGCAAUUUAAGCGAACAGGAGAAAGCUGUUUGGGAGCAACGAGCUAUCAAGAUAAACGAAGAAAGUGCAGCCAAGUACGCAGCAGAAAUGGGUGAAACAAGCUGCCCCAGUCCAACCACCAUUAAGACUGAUGGUACAGUCGUACAGGACAUCAUGGCCAAUCAUGUGUACGAGUGUUGCUGGGAUAAAUGCGAUUAUCAGUUUGAAGAUCCGGCGGAAUGUUUUGAUCAUUGCAUUGCAGAAGGUUCGGGAUGCGUCUACAAAACAUUUAUGACUCCAACCGAACAAGAGUUUAUUUGCAUCUGGAGAGGUUGUGUACGUCUUCGACGUAAUAUGCCACCGUUUCCUAGCAUCACCCGGCUUGUGAAACAUGUUAAAGAGGUGCAUCUUACCAAAAGCACCAGCAAGCUUGUACAGCCUCAAGACCGUAGCAAAAACUAUGUCCUUUCCAAGCGUCAAUCAGUGAUGGGUCAAGUGGCUACAAAUAACACUUCCAGCAUGAACAUCAGUAGCAAUAAUGCGUACACAAAUAACUCGGCCAUGAUCACGCUGCAGCCGAUGGGUAACAUUCAAAACUUAAGUGUGAAUUCAAGCGGCAUGAAUACAAUGCCAGUUCAGUCGCAUAACGCACUAGUCGGAGGAACUGGCCAGGUGCAAACGAUGCAACAACAGCAACAGAUGACAGCAGCUUCCGGAACUGGUGUAGCUUCGCAACCAAGCAAUUCGAUUCCUUCGUCUUACUUUAGCUAUGUUUCCACCCCGCCCGCCGAACCCUUGUUCGUCACGGUACCGCCUCGACCACAGCGAGUAUUACAUUCGGAAGCCUAUAUAAAGUACAUAGAAGGACUUCAGCAAAAAUCGACCUACGUUACGCCUUGGCAAAAGACGCUUACGGCGACAAAGGAGACUGUUCCUAUCACAGACGCCAACCGACUUCCUACCCAUUGGCUAGGGAAGCGCGCUCGAGAUCGUCCGGAAGCUGUUGUCGAUGCCUUAUGGCAGUUGAGAAAUUUCAUGAUGAAGGAAGUAAUCCAAUUCGAUAAAUUUUAAGAUUUCAUAUGCUGGCCUGCGUAGCCUGAAAUAUUUUUUGCUUUUUAUUUUAAUUUUUGAUCAUUAAAAAAAUCAUAGAUACUAUAACUAAACACUGUUAAUCAGUUUCAUCUGUAUGUACAAU